ACCAAAGUACAAAGUUUGGUCCACAGUCUCCAUGCUUCUCGUAUCUACCCGUUUUUGUCCAAAAACUCUACUCUAUUUCUAUUUGACCAACUGCAAACACAGUGUCACUGCAAGCUACCAUUUUCUUGCCACUCUUGCUCCUCUGUGAUCCCAAUCCAGAGUCAUUGUCCGCGUCAAGCAAAGGAUGCUGCCAGAUUGCGGUUUCUGCCCUUGUUUCGGAAGUCCGAGCACCGUGGAUAGUGAACCCGAGCGUGACUCAAUCCUACUAGUUUCCGGAAUCGGAGGGUCUAUUCUCAAUUCCAAGAGCAAAAAGUUCGGGUUCUCGACCCCGGUUUGGGCCCGGAUUCUCUUAGCUGAUUAUGAGUUCAAGAGAAUAUGGUCUCUUUAUAAUCCCAAGACAGGUAUCAUUUUCUUUUCAUGUAUGCACGUAUCGUAUUUGGUUGCUAUGAAUGAAAAAAAAAGAACCAGUAUGUUAUAUGUUCUUUUACUGCACAUAUCAACAUUAAAUUUAUUUGUUAAAUGUACACACUUGACAGAGGUAUAUCAUUUCCAUGAUAUGAUUAAUAUGUUCAUUAAAUGUGGAUAUAAGAAGGGAACCACACUAUUUGGACAUGGCUAUGAUUUCCGGCAAAGCAAUAGAAUUGACAAAUUAAUGGAAGGACUUAAAUCAAAGCUGGAAACUGCUUAUGAAGCUUCUGGGCAUAGAAAAGUUAAUAUAAUUUCGCAUUCAAUGGGCGGACUGCUAGUGUCAUGUUUCAUGUCACUUCAUGCAGAUGUGUUUUCAAAGUUAGUGAACAAAUGGAUCUGCAUUGCAACCCCUUUUCAAGGUGCACCGGGAUGUAUCAAUGAUUCCUUGUUAACUGGGUUACAGUUCGUUGAAGGCUUUGAGAGCUACUUUUUUGUAUCUAGAUGGACAAUGCACCAGCUGGUAAUUUUCUUUUCUGGCACUUGGGCUGUGCCAUCAAUCUAUGAGAUGCUAGCAAAUCCAUAUUUUAAUUGGAAAAGACAACCGCAAAUUCAAGUUUGGCGAGAGCAAUCAGAUGGUGAUGAAACUUCUAUCGAGUUGGAGUCCUAUGGUCCACUUGAUAGUAUCACUUUCUUCCAGGAAGCAUUGAAGAAUAAUGAGCUAACUUAUAAUGGAAAUACAUUUGCUGUACCAUUUAAUUUUUCCAUCCUCAUGUGGGCUGCUGGUACUCGCCAGAUUCUCAAUGAUGCUCAACUGCCAAAAGGAGUUUCCUUCUAUAACAUUUAUGGGAUAUCAUUUGAUACUCCUUUCGAUGUUCGAUACGGUACAGAGACCUCUCCAAUCAAGGAUUUGUCUGAAGUCUGUCACACUUUGCCCCAUUAUUCUUAUGUGGAUGGAGAUGGAACCGUUCCGUCUGAAUCAGCUAAGGCGGAUGGAUUCGAGGCAGUUGAGAGAGUAGGAAUUGCCGCAACUCACCGUGGACUGCUACGCGACAAAACUCACCGUGGACUGCUACGCGACAAACAAGUAUUUCAACUUAUCCAAAAAUGGUUAGGAGUUGAGAAUAAGCAGAAGCUGGCUAAGCAUUCAAGGACAUCCAGAGUAAUGGAUGCUUCUUCAACUUCUCAUGUUAAUGCAUGAACAUAUUUUCUGCUUGAAAAUAUAUGCAUUCUGUAUUCAAUAUUCAUUUGUUCAUGGAGGCCUUAUUCUGUAUGAGUACAGUGGCAAAAUUUGUUGUUGAGAGAGUAAUAUGCUCAAUUUACUUCCAAGUACAUAAAGAAUCGCUUAUCUAGACUUUGAA